GAAGAGCGUGUCCCAAAUGAAAACAUUACACUUCUGAGACGGAAACGUGGAUUUCCACCUUUAUCUGGCCCAAUAUGUCUGUAGCCAUGACCCUGACGUGUCCAGGCCUGUACUGUGGCAGGAGACUCAUCGGUGGAUCCAUAGAUGAAGAAUGUGGAGUCUGUCCCCGCGGCGAGCGGACGAACCAGCAGAAAGUGUGUGAGCGCUGCACAGAGUCUCCUGAACUCUACGACUGGCUGUACCUGGGAUUCAUGGCCAUGUUGCCUCUAGUGCUGCACUGGUUCUUCAUCGAGUGGUAUUCAGGAAAGAAAAGCUCCAGUGCUCUGCUCCAGCACAUCAUGGCCAUGGUGGAGUGCAGUGUGUCAGCUGUGGUCACUCUUUUGGUCACUGAGCCUGUGGGGACGCUCAGUAUUCGCUCGUGUAGAGUCCAGAUGCUGUCAGACUGGUACACGAUGCUCUACAACCCGAGCCCAGACUAUGUCAACACUCUGCACUGCACCCAGGAGGCCGUCUACCCUCUAUACACCAUCGUGUUGAUUUACUACGCCUUUUGUUUGGUGAUGAUGAUGCUGCUGCGCCCUCUGCUGGUGAAGAAGAUCGCCUGUGGUCUGGGAAAGUCUGAUCGGUUCAAAAGCAUCUACGCUGCGCUGUAUUUCUUCCCUAUUCUCACCGUGCUCCAGGCCGUGGGAGGAGGGCUGCUCUAUUACGCGUUUCCUUACAUCAUCCUGGUUCUUUCUCUUGUGACUUUGGCCGUUUACAUGUCGGCCUCUGAGAUUCAGUCGUUCAAGAGUCUGGGGGCGAAGAAGAAGCGUCUGGUCGUGCUGUUCAGUCACUGGUUGCUCCACGCCUACGGGAUCAUCUCCAUCUCUCGUCUGGAUAAACUGGAGCAGGACCUGCCUCUGCUGGUGCUGGUCCCGGGACCCGCCCUGUUUUACAUCGCCACGGCCAAAUUCACCGAGCCGAGCCGCAUCCUGACGGAGGGAGGCAACGGGCACUGAAAACGCCACUGGCAACGGGCGCCAAAAAAACGCCGCCGUCUGACGUACGUUAAGUGUUA